AUGGCAUUCGUUUACUUUUCUUUCAAAUACUCUGUUUUAAACGAUCCUUUAGGUGUUCUAGACACCUGGAGCUACACCGACGCCACUCCAUGUUCAUGGCAUGGCGUCGUCUGUGAGAACACUUGUGUCACCGGAGUAUCGCUUCCAGUUCGGGACCUCACCGCCACCAUUCCGCCAAUCUGGGUUCGAUUCUACACCUUCGGGAAUUUGAGUUCGUCGGAGGGUGGCGGAGCUUACGCUAUCUUAAUAUGUCUGGUACUCGUUGACGGGAAAGCUGCCGCAGAAUCUUGCAGCGCUUUCAAACUUAACGGUGGUUUCUUUGACUGGAGCAAUCCCCGAAUCCGACAUUCUCGUCAACCAAGACGAAGAAUCAUUCGCCGGAACCCAGAGCUUUGCGGGAAGCCAUUAAAAAACCUCUGCGAAUCCUCCUCUUCAUCAACCACCGGACCCAACUCCACAACAUUCACUCCAGCUAUCGCCGGAAUCCCUCAAUCGUUCCCCUCAACUCCUUCACACAAUUCUUCAAAUUCAAAAAGCCGAUUCAAAACCAGCACGAUCAUCGGAAUCGUCGUCGGAGACAUCGCCAUUGUCGCAGUUUUAGCCCUGGUUUUCAUCUACAUAAUGAAAAAACGACGUGGGGCUCCAUCAAAUCGCCGUCCAGACGAAGCUAAAGCUUCAAACAGGGAAUACGAUUGGGGGUCAUCAGAAGAAGAACACAAAUGGCUACGUUCAUGGGCAUGUUUAAUGAAGAGAAGAAACACCGGUGGAGAAGAUGAAGAAGAAGAAGGAGACGAAUCAAGCCAAAACUCAAGCUCGGAAAACUCCGACACCGAAAGUAGGCCACCGGAAACCAUUAAACUCGACAAUCCGGUAACUAAAGACGUAGAAAAGAGGGGAUUAGUGACUGUUGAUGGUGGUGAAAAGGAGCUUGAGCUUGAGACAUUGUUGAAAGCUUCUGCAUAUAUUCUUGGCACAACCGGUUCGAGUAUAAUCUACAAGGCGGUUUUGGAAGAUGGAACCAUGUUAGCGGUUCGUCGGAUCGGUGAAACGGGUUAG